GUCACCUUUAUCAACAUGAAAGUUUGCUAACAAGCUGUACUCGGAGGCUGCAUUCCAAGUACUGCUCGUUGGCUCGGACUGGACUGUGGACGCAACAGUACAGACACACUCAUCACACAACAACUUGCAACAUGCAGAGCAAGCUGGACAUGGCGGGCAAGAAGCCUCCAAAGGCCUUCAUCCUCCCGGUGGCCACCAUCCGCUUGACCUUCGUGAUUGGACUCCUCUUCAUCGCCAUGCCAUUAGCUGAAGCAGUGAAGGGCGAGGGCCAGACAGCUAACCAGGAUGGACCCCAAGACGACGUGGCCGAGUCGGAGAACAGAAUUCACAGGUUGACUGAAUCUAUGAUUGUGAUUGGUAAAUCACUACUGGAACGUCUGGAACACCUGGAAGGCAAAGCAGGAAACAUCCAGAAUCUGACUGGCUAUAUGGAGAAGAUGGAUAAGAAAUUUCAGACGCUGACAGGCCACGUGAUGGAGAUGACAGGACAGAUGAAGUGGAUGACUAAAGAUGCUGUUGAGGCUCUUCUGAAGACAGCAGACCGUUGCCCUGCGCCGUGGGUUUACCGUGACAAAAGAUGUUACCUGUUUGUUGGCGAGAGUAAGACCUGGCAUAGUGCCAAGGACUACUGCAGAGCCAAGGGUGGACACUUGGCCUCAGUUCACACCAAAACCAUGUUGGACUUCCUCCAUGGAUUGGCUGGUGGACAGAGGCCUUGGGUUGGGGGCUACAAAGAGGGUGGUGUGUGGAAAUGGGAUGAUGGUUCCACGUUUAGUGUGAAGAAUGAUGGAGUGGCAGGCAGCAACGAUGCUAGAUGGGAAGCAGGCGAGCCCAAUAACGCGGGUGGUAAAGAAGAUUGUAUGGAGAAAGUGCCUUCAGGUGGACUCAAUGAUGAGACAUGCUCUUAUUGGCGCCCAUUUCUUUGUCAGCUGUGAUGGGAUGGUCUCGGCUGUGUGACGGCUGCUCCUUCAAAGACGUCGGUGCUGAAAGAUCAGCACUCUGCCUUUAAUUCAGUUGCUUUCAUGAAUCCUGAUCAUAAUCGGCGUGCACAUGAUCCCAAACAACCUGCGAGACACCAACUGGCAAACUAAAGCUCGUCCUGUUUGCAGUUGAGGAGCUAACACAAGCCAUCACACAGAAAAUAAUCAUUCCCGUUUUUAGUCAACAUUUUGGAGCAGCAGCUGUGUUAGCAAUGAAUCACUUAUUGAAAUUGGCUCAUCUUCUACAUUUCCUAGAAGCUAAAAUGAUGCACACAGCAAAUAACAAGCUGCUACCUGACAAGACGGGACAAAUAGAAACACACCUGAAACACAACAUCAGUCAUAAAUAGAAACACCUGAAACACAACAUCAGUCAUAAAUAGAAACACACCUGAAACACAACAUCAGUCAUGAAUGUACAAGAAGAAAUAAUUUAAAAAUGACAAAAUAACAAGGGCAUUCUAACAAAAGUACGAUGUUAAAUGAUGUCAUUUUAGUCGCAUCCAAAUAGUAUUUUCUUUAGUAAUUUGGCUUUGGAAUCUGGGAGUCAAAUAUGAGAAGAAAUGAGACAAACGAUUGAACAAGAAAGGUGAAAUAUUUCUAAAAGCAGUAAGAGUGAAGGUGAUAUGAAUGAUGGGCUUUAAAGCUGACAUGCACGUUCUUGGUGAAAGAUGUACAAGUGGCAUCUCUGUGUGGAGUUGGCAUGUUCUCCCCGUGCGUGCGUGGCUUUUCUUCCAAAAACAUGCACGUCAGCUUGAUGGAGACUAAAUUGUCCACAGGUGUGAAUGUGAGCGUGAAUGCUUGUGUGCCCUGCCAUUGGCUGGCCCACAGUCAGCCGGGAUAGGCUUCGGCACACCCCCGCCACUCUAGUGAAACAUUGAAGAUGUUCUGUGCGCCAACACCACAAACCUUCAGCAUAUCUGAAAACAAGGUAUAUAGGAUAGAUCCAUUUCAACAAACGGCACUAAUGUGAUUUUCCCAAAGAAUGCUGACAAGUGCUGUGGUGGUGCUUCAAUGAUGUUAAAAGGGACUGUUUGCAACCGUUGGGCGGCUGCAUUGUGGGCACGUUGAAACUUUGGAAGGUGUUGCACGCAUGACAUUGUGGGUACGUAUGCCCCGCCCCAUGUAACGCACGAGCACCAGCUAUGUUAAACUAAGUUAGCUGCAAAUGUUGCGAUCUUUGAGUGUAUAGCCUAUAGCAAGCACAAAUUGUCCAUUUUGUUACUAAUUGGGGCAAGUCUCCAUGCUUUUAUUGAAAGCACUAUGCUACCAUGCUAGCUGCUGCUUGGUUAACCUUGAGCGUUGCAAAUGGUCCCUUGAUUGUUUAUGCUACUGUUUGACCUGUUUCAGUAGGGGUGUCACCAUGCACCAUCUUGGCUUCACCAGGACCAGACCAUAUUUGAAUAUGACUCAGAAAACUACAAAGAAAACUUCCAGGACUUGUUCAUCAGUCCAGUGAUGCAAGGUUUCCAGUGAGUGGAAUGUGUUGCCCGGCCCACUGCCACUUCCAUCUUGUGCGUGUUCUCAUCGACAGUAGCGAUGCCAGAGUUGAGCCUGAUGGGCUCCUGGCUGCCCUGUUCCUGCCAGACGUGUGCUGACACCCCUAUGACGUGUUUUUCAUCAUGAUACAGCAUUUCACACGUUAUUCCAAUGUGUGCUACUGGAUGUUGGAAUUGCCUUUGGAAUCAAUAAAGUUUACUUCAGUUGGCACCAGUGGU